CGCCGCCACCCCCGCGCUCCUCCGGCGGCGGUGGCGGCAGCAGCUGCGCUGAGCGCCCGCGGGCCCCGCUCCAGCAUGGACAGCCGUCUCCUCGAGCACCCCCAUGCCCAGUUCGGCGGCAUGGUGGGCUUCCCCUACCCCAUCGGGCCCCCCCACGUCUACGAGCUGGCCGGCCACCAGCUCCAGGCCGCCGCCGCCGCCGCCGCCGCCUCGGUGCCCUUCUCCAUCGACGGAUUACUCAACGGCUCCUGCGCCGCCGCCGCCGCCGCCGCCGCCGCCGCGGCCUCAGUGGUCAACCCGAGCCCGCUCCUCCCCUCCGGCUGCGGCGUCAACGGAGAUGCUCAGCCGUUCAAGCUGGCCGACUCGGUCGAUCCAGACAAGGAAAGUCCGGGGUGCAAAAGGCGACGGACCCGGACGAAUUUUACGGGUUGGCAGCUGGAGGAGUUAGAGAAGGCCUUUAACGAAAGCCAUUAUCCCGACGUCUUCAUGAGGGAAGCCCUCGCUUUGCGCCUCGACCUGGUGGAGUCGCGAGUGCAGGUCUGGUUCCAAAACCGGCGGGCCAAGUGGCGAAAGAAGGAGAACACCAAGAAGGGGCCCGGGCGGCCGGCGCACAACUCGCAUCCCACCACCUGCAGCGGCGAGCCCAUGGACCCGGAGGAGAUCGCGCGCAAGGAGCUGGAGAGGAUGGAGAAGAAGAAGCGCAAACACGACAAGAAGCUGCUCAAGGGCCAGGGCCGCGCCCUGCACUCGCCCAGCGGCCUCUCGGUCAACAGCAGCACGCAGAGCUCGGACAGCGACGGCGGCGGCCGGCGGCGGGGCGGCCUCUCCCCGGACCCGCCCGACGGCUGCAAGACGCCCUCGGGCGGCGGCCAUCACCCGCCCCUGCCCGGCAGCUGCGACGCGGCCGCCUCGGCUUUCUACCCAGGCCGCUGCGCAGCCAAGGACCAGCCCGGGGGCCCGUCGGGCUCGGAUGUGCGCGGCGCCCCCGGGCGGCGCGGGCUUCCCAAGCUCACCCCUUCAGCGUGGAGAGCCUGCUGUCGGACUCCCCGCCGCGGCGGAAAGCGGCGCUGGACUUCCCGCCCGCGCUGGCCCCGUGCGCCCCGCCGGCGCGCGCCCUGAUCGGCAAGGGCCACUUCCUCCUGUACCCCAUCACGCAGCCGCUGGGCUUCAUCGUGCCCCAGGCCGCCCUCAAGAGCAACCCAGCCCAGGAGACGCCCCCGCGGGCUCCCCGCU